CUCCUAGGAUGUGAAACGAUGCUAGUCAGACAGACCGGAGAACUCGAACGCUCUCGGGAUCGCGGCUCUGCUAACAGACGGACAGGGUCUAAGAGCCACCGGGCACUGCCGGAAUCCCUGCUUCAGGGGCUGCAGCCAACGGUCUGUCCUGCGUGCUUGUUUGCCAGCGGAGCCGCCCCGGGGAGGAGACCCGGAGGGGAGGUGUUUCCCCAGGGCAGACCUGCCGCCCAGCCGAGGGUUCGGGGCGGCCUGGAUGCGCCGGACCUAGCCCCGCAGCCGCUGACGCCCGGCGGCGGCGAAGGGUCGGGCCCCGCCGCCUUCCGCCUGACGGAGAAGUUCGUGCUGCUGCUGGUGUUCAGCGCCUUCAUCACGCUGUGCUUCGGAGCGAUCUUCUUCCUGCCAGACUCCUCCAAGCUGCUCAGCGGGGUCCUGUUCCACUCCAACCCCGCCUUGCAGCCGGCCGCCGACCACAAGCUCGGGUCCGGGGCGCGCGCCGAGGACGCGGCGGAGGGGCGAGCCCGGCGCCGCGAGGAGGGUGCGCCUGGGGACCUGGCGGCCGCCCUGGAGGACAACUUGGCCAGGAUCCGCGAAAACCACGAGCGGGCUCUCAGGGAAGCCAAGGAGACCUUGCAGAAGCUGCCCGAGGAGAUCCAAAGAGACAUCCUGCUGGAGAAGGAGAAGGUGGCCCAGGACCAACUGCGUGACAAGGCGCCAUUCAGGGGGCUGCCCCGGGUGGAGUUCGUGCCCCCAAUCGGGGUGGAGAACAGGGAGCCGGCGGACCCUGCCAUCUGCGAGAAGAGGGCAAAGAUCAAAGAGAUGAUGAAACAUGCUUGGAAUAAUUAUAAACAUUAUGCCUGGGGACUAAAUGAACUGAAACCUAUAUCAAAAGAAGGCCAUUCAAGCAGUUUGUUUGGUAACAUCAAAGGAGCAACUAUAGUAGAUGCCCUGGAUACACUUUUUAUUAUGGAAAUGAAAAAUGAAUUUCAAGAAGCAAAAGCAUGGAUUGAAAAAAACUUAGAUUUUAAUGUGAAUGCUGAAAUUUCUGUUUUUGAAGUAAAUAUACGCUUUGUUGGUGGACUACUGUCAGCCUACUAUCUGUCUGGAGAAGAGAUUUUUCUAAAGAAAGCAGUGGAACUUGGGAUAAAAUUGCUGCCUGCAUUUCAUACUCCAUCUGGAAUACCUUGGGCAUUGCUGAAUAUGAAAAGCGGUAUUGGAAGGAACUGGCCCUGGGCCUCGGGAGGCAGCAGUAUUCUGGCAGAAUUUGGAACCCUGCAUUUGGAGUUCAUGCACUUGAGCCACUUAUCAGGAAACCCCAUCUUUGCUGAAAAGGUAAUGAAUAUUCGAAAAGUACUGAACAAACUGGAAAAACCAGAAGGCCUUUACCCUAACUAUCUGAAUCCCAGUAGUGGACAGUGGGGUCAACAUCAUGUAUCAGUUGGAGGUCUUGGAGAUAGCUUUUAUGAAUAUUUGCUAAAGGCAUGGUUAAUGUCUGACAAGACGGAUUUAGAAGCUAAGAAGAUGUAUUUUGAUGCUGUUCAGGCCAUUGAAACUCACUUGAUCCGCAAGUCCAGUGGAGGACUAACUUACAUUGCAGAGUGGAAAGGAGGCCUCCUGGAACACAAGAUGGGCCACCUGACCUGCUUUGCCGGAGGCAUGUUUGCGCUUGGAGCAGAUGGAGCUCCCAAAGGCCUGGCCCAACACUACCUUGAACUGGGGGCUGAAAUUGCCCGUACCUGUCAUGAAUCCUACAAUCGCACAUUCAUGAAACUAGGACCAGAAGCUUUCAGAUUUGAUGGCGGCGUUGAAGCCAUUGCAACCAGGCAAAACGAAAAAUACUACAUCUUACGGCCAGAAGUUGUUGAGACGUACAUGUACAUGUGGCGACUGACUCACGAUCCAAAGUACAGGAAAUGGGCCUGGGAAGCCGUAGAGGCCCUGGAAAAUCACUGCAAAGUGAACGGGGGCUAUUCAGGCCUAAGGGAUGUUUACCUCCUUCGUGAGAGUUACGAUGAUGUGCAGCAGAGUUUCUUCCUGGCAGAGACACUGAAAUAUUUGUACUUAAUAUUUUCUGAUGAUGAUCUUCUUCCACUGGAACAUUGGAUCUUCAACACGGAGGCACAUCUUCUCCCUAUAAUCCGUACGGAUAAAAAGGAAGCUGAACUCAAAGAGAAAUAAAAAGACACUUUUAUAUUUUACCCUGCUCCAUUCCCUUCACACAUACUUUAAUAAUUCCUUUUCUGGUAAUCAGGCACAUGAUGAACUUUUGUUAAUAGGUCUGUGAUUAUUCUAAGUUCCAAAAUUGUUUUGCAGUCUUUUUGUUUAUUGUCAUAGGCAUAGAUGGACCAAAACUCUUUUCGUAUCCUCUAUUAUUCAGUAAGGUUGGAUUCAUAUGAACCUGGAGUCACAGGAUUUGUUUGUUUAUUUUAAGUAAUCUAUUAUUUCUGGAGUCCAUGAAGGUAUAAUAUCGUUUUAUUAAACUGAAUAGAAUGGUAUACCAAUGACCUCUGAAUUACAAUUUGAUUUGACUGCAAAACUUUUUCCUCCUCUAUGAGGAGAUGAUGUCUGCUUUAAGCUGUAAUGUUUUGCCAUGUUGCAAAAAGCCAUAAUAAUAAAUUAAGUAUAAAAAAAGCUUUUUCAUUUUCAAUUUCAUGUUGAUCUGGUUUGUCUAUCCACCAGGGACAGAUCUUAUAACUGUGACAGCCUCCUUAUGCGGGUCUAUCAUUAUUUGAUAGGAUGUCUUCUAAAAUGCUUCACUCUCAUUGUAAUUCAAAUUAGAAAGUCAUCCUAAAAGGAUCAUCUCAUGUGGACCUCAUUUCCUUAGAACCACAGUAUAUUUCUGUUGAUUAAUUGUAUGCGUGUUUCCUAAUUUGUGAAUUUGUUCUCUAAUUUUACUUUAAACACCAUGCCAUUUCUAGAUCAUAGACUGGCUAAUUGCUUCCAUUCUCUACUACACAGUGUGAGGCGAGCCCUCAAGUUUUGCGGAGUUCUGCUGUCACUGAAUUACAUUUCUUAAAGGGAAAAUAGUGAAACUUUCAGUUUGUUAGCUUUUUACUUUGAAAUGAAUAUAUGAAGAAAUUGGGUCUUUCUAAAGAGAGGGUGACUAUUUCAUAUGGUUUUAUGGAUUUGCUUUUAUUUUAUCUUUAUUUCUGUUUUCUUAAGAAAAGAAAGCUUUCCAUUUGGCUCAGAUUUUGCAGAUUUGGAAAGUGCCCUUUGCAGUUCAUGGAAACAAGAUCUGACUCUGUGAAAGCAGAUUUACCGAUUUGUCUACUCAUGGCCAAUUAAGGAAAAUCUAAUCAAUUUAGGCCAAAUAAGGAUGGGUUCUAUUUUGUAUGGUUAAAUUCAACAUAGAGAUCCCAACUUAAAAGUAACACAUGGGAAAGGAGUUUCCCAGUUCCCCACAACCUUGCAGUAGGUCCAGACGAUUACAUGGUUCUUCUAAACAUUAAGAUUUGAAUUAUGAAGGUUUUUCCAAAAAUACAUCAGGUGACACCUUGUAUUUUCGUAUCAUAUUGGUUCGUGAUAUAUAUUUUCAUGAAAGGGCUAAUAUGAUGAUACCUAUGCUGAAGUACAAGACUUUGCGUUCCUAGAUUUUCGAACAGGAAUGGUCAGACAGAUCAGUGCAACCCCAUGGAUUAGGCUGUAGAUAUGCAAUUGCUGCAUGUGGUGUUUAAAAACGAUCCAAUGUCAGCAAUUUCAUAUGGUUUCAACCUAAUAUUUUUUAAGCCUCAAUAGACUUAAUAGUUUCAGUAUUUCAGCUUUUGAAAGUCUUUUGAAAAAUUUCCUUUGUCUGACAGAAUAAAGAUCUGCUAUUUUUUAACCUUUUAGUAUUGUACAUUGGUAUAUGUCAAAGAAUAAAUUAAUAAAAUUAAUAAAUGAAAAAGAUCCUUUAAUAUAUUAUUAUUGCCAUGUUAACGUGUAUCUGUGAUCCAGAAUAACUUCCGUUCAGAUCUCUAGUCACCCUAAUGAAAUGAAUGGAUAUUGAGAGUCAUUUUUUUCCCUGAACCUUAAGAUAAAAUAUGAAAAAUUGUUGCCAAAAUAGGGUCAUAUAUAUCUAGGUUCCAAUUUUAUAAUGAAUAUCUUAGGUAGCAAUUAAAAUGUAUUCACAUUCUUUGUUUUUCUAUUUAUUUAAAAGGGCACAAAGUUGGUAAGUAUUUCUGCAUCACAUAGGCUAUUAAAAUCAGGUGUUAUGUCCACACUGCACUAUAAAGGCCCUUCGGUACCUGGUGGAAGUAGAUAGGGAGCUGGACUAUGUGUUGAUCUGCCAAUGGCAAGAAUAAAAUGUUCGCAGUUCUAGAACUCGGAUUUUUUUAAAAUUAAAGUUCUAAACCACCAAAAAUGUAAACAAGAUAAGAGAUUGAUAUUAUGAAGAUAUAAGUUUAUUAAAGUUAUAUUUUAUGUUAAUUAUUUUUAGACAACUGAAGUCUUUAGGUAGAAAUCAUCUUUCAUUUUCAACAAACUGUGUGGUUAAAUUUGCAUAUGUAUUCA